CUUCCAACAUGGCAACAUUCAAUUAUCAAGGUAUAUUGCCCCAAGAAAAAAGAGAGAAGCUAACGGCGACGUCGUUCCACAGAACCCUAAAACCCCAAAACUCUCUGCUCCGAGUGUUAUCUCACGCACCCUCACGCAGAGUCUUGGUUCGAACAAUGGAGGACGUGCAAAAUGACAAAAAUGCCUUCGAUAACCCCUCGAAUGCCCUCCCCAGCCCUCCCCAAGCCCUCUCGAAGAACGCCAAGAAGAAGCUGCUGAAGCAGCAGAGAUUCGAGGCGAAGAAGGCGGAGAAGAAGGCUCAGGAGAAGCAGCAGAAGAGGGAGGAGGCGGAGCGGAAGCGGAAGGAGUGGGAGGAGACGCUGGCGGGCGUGCCGGAGGAGGAGCGGUCGAGGCUGAUCGAGUCCCGGCGGAGCCUCAGGAAGGAGAGGAUGGAGAAGAGGUCGGAGGAGAGGGAGAGGAAGAUCAAGCGGCUCACAAGAGCCAGAGAGCUCGGCCAGAAGAUCGUCGUUGACCUCGACUUCGUUCACCUCAUGACCCCCUCCGAGAUUCACAGCCUCGUUCAACAGAUUAUGUAUUGUUAUGCGGUGAAUGGAAGAUGUACGAGCCCUUGUCAUCUGUGGUUGACGGGAUGUGAGGGAGAAAUGGGAAGCCAAUUGCAAAGGCUUCCAGGGUUUGAUAAGUGGAUGGUUGAGAAGGAAAGUCGAUCUUACAUUGAAGCAUUGCAAGAUCAGAAGGACAAUCUGGUAUAUCUCACAGCGGAUGCUGAAACUGUUCUUGAGGAACUUGAUCUGAAGAAAAUUUACAUUAUUGGUGGAUUAGUGGACCGUAAUCGGUGGAAAGGGAUAACCAUGAAGAAAGCACAAGAGCAAGGAAUCCAAACAGCAAAGCUCCCCAUUGGGAAUUACUUAAAGAUGUCAAGUUCCCAGGUCCUUACAGUGAACCAAGUGAUAGAGAUACUCCUCAAGUUUAUGGAAACAAAGGAUUGGAAAGUUGCUUUCUUUCAAGUGAUUCCUCAAAGGAAAAGACCUGAAGCUGAUUCAGAAGGAGAUCAAAAGGUAGAAGAGGAAGAAAACGAAGAGAAAGGUGAUCAAUUGGAUAGAAAAAAGAAUUGUAUUGAAGUCCCUUUCCAUGUCUAGGGAAAAUUAUGGACUGGAACGGAUUCUUUUUCCCUUUCAUAUGGUGCAUUUGUAAAAGAUAAAAAAAAAAAAAUGCCAUGUAAUUGAUUAUUCAAUCAGAGCUACAAAUUUUUCAUGUA